AUGACCCAACGCGGAAACCGCUCAGGUAUACGAAACAGAAACCCAACGAAACUGGGCUCCUCGGGCGAUUCGAAACCUCCGGAUCUUCGAGACCUUGCGGAAUCCCUUCACAGGAAAAUCAUGGCCGACUGCUCUGAAGGUGAAGAUCCAGAUUCGAUGUUCAGGAAACGUCAUGCAACGCCUCCUACCCCUCACUUCGAAGCAGACAUUUCGCCUCAAUUACAAUCAUCCGCGGGAUACUCUGCCCAGGCGACAUCUUUCCAAUCGCAUACCCGCGGCCGAACAGACGAAAGGGAUUUAUUUGCCAACGUGAAGACGCGUUCUAAGAGUCCCGUUUACCAAGUGCCAUCCGUGAAGGAAUGGACACCAAUACAGCUGUCCUCAGCGCCCUCUCGAUUUCGCCCGCUGAAAGAUCUUGUUCCUGGUGCCCUCUCAGAGACCUACACUGCCCGCCAUUGCGUUCUACGACAGAAUUUCGUUGUCAAGGUUGUUGACCUUAGGAGCUUCGUCGAUCACAACAGUGGCAUAUGGCCGGUUCAUGCAGAGAUUCAAGCUCUGCGAAGGAUUCAACGCUUCGGCAAGUCGGGCCUCCAGCAACUUUCCAUGUUUCCCUUUUAUCCCGACAUUUGGUGCUCUAAUGACGCUUACCUUUAUUUUCUCCUCGAACGGUAUCCCUAUCGGCUUCGCCAGUUCGAGAAUAGCAUGCCAGUGGACGAGAUGCUUCUUGGGUCUAUCAUAUUCAGCAUUGGAACCGGUCUGCAAGAGCUGCACAACAUGGGCAUAAUCCACACAAAUGUCAGUCUGGAUAGUGUUUUUGUCGACGCCAAUGGACACUGCGUUAUUGGGGAAUUUGGGGAGAGCAUCGUCCUUCCUACCUCAAAACACUUGCGAGGCGCGAAAUUAACGAUUGAGGGAGAAACUCAGUUCUCCACUAAUCUCUACACGGCUCCUGAACUCUUGGGAGGUUCUACAGGUUACCUCUUCGACGAAAGCGUGGAUUAUUGGUCCUUGGGCCUGACGAUCGUCACUCUGGUCAUCGGCGAAAAAAACCUUACUGGCUUGAAGGAAACAUUCCUUAACGAGGUCCUCCAGAUGGAUGAAAUUGUGCGAGAAAUGCGAAUCAGCCUUUGUCCUCAAAGUAUAGUCGAAGUCGUAUCUUUGCUCUGCCAAGUUGAUCCGGGUCUACGUUUGGGGGACAGGAAUAUUCUAAGCCUUUGCCGGAUGUAUGGAUGGUGUCAACAGGAUAGCGAAGCUCUGCUCUGGGUCAAACCUCAACUUCCUCACCCUCGAAAGCGCACCUCUCAUCGCAACCAGGAUGUGUCUGAACGAUUGAAUAAUCCCGCGGAAGCUCUCGAACUUUUUGAACACUUUAAGAAUGCCGUCGACUUGUGGAUGCCCAAAGAUGAGAAUGGCCAGUUCCUCUCGGCCUUUGAGUACCUUCCUUGAUUGGCGCCCUUUCACUCCUGGAUUUCCGAUGUAUAUAUUUGCCGUGCACUACCCCGUAGCAGCCCGUAGCUGGUAUCAGAUAAUGUUAUUGCACCCUUGCGUCCGCCAGUAGCCUUUCAUCCACCGUGUCCUCUGCCUCCUCCCAUAAAUUCAUGUCCUCAGCCAGUUCCAAACGCACGUUGCCUUCAGUUACGUGGGGAAAAAUAUAACCAUCCUCCUUCAAAAGCUUUAUAGCUUCCAUAACCCACACUUGGCAGUCCCAAGAUAAAUCAUACUUCACAAUAUGAACCUCUCUGAGUUUUUCCUUGACUGCCUGAAGCGAUCCCUCUGGCAGAUUUCCGACGUGGCAUCCACCACGAUAAGAGGAAAUCUUGUCCAGUGGGGUCCGAAAGUUGAAUUCUGGUACGUAGGUAUAUGAAUCUGUAUUCCCUCGAACUUCAAAGAUGUGAAUUGUGGAUGGGGAGGCAAGGGCAACGAGUCUCCAGUGCUCCGUCCUUCUCGGGUGUCCCUUGAGCUCAAAUUGGGCG